AUGAAGAGCUGUUAUUGGCCCGGGGAUGUAACGAAGUUGGGAAGGCGAAGCCCCUGGGGGCCGGGUCUCCCCUUACGUACUCCCCUUACUAAUCCUUGUCGAGGAGUCGCCGGCAAAUCUGAUUGUGGCUCCCCACGGAUUAAUGCCCGCUCUCGGCCGAAGCCAUUUUUACCAGCUCGUGCACCCACUCCGUCACCUUCUCCCGAGGAGCGGAAUAAACAAACAGUUCUAUGGCGGCCAUUAAUAAAGGGGGAUCCUCCAGUCAGUUCUCCAGUUCGAGGAUCAGCCAUAUCUAGGGAGAGUUUGAAAAUGCUAAAACCCGAACGAGUACUUGGCUAUUCGGACGGUAUAAAAGACUUAUGA